CUGCCAGUCACAAAUCCAGUACAGAAGCCAUCCGGACAACAAGUACCACUUUUAUGCUCGGUAGAAGGAGUACCAAAUGAGACAAGACCCGGUAUAGUCUGGAGUAAACAUGACGGGAUUGACAAAACUGGUAAUGCAGAGGUGAAAUCACUCGACCAUCAUACAAUGAGUCUUCUUAUCAAGAACGCCACAUCGGAUGAUUCGGGAGUGUACACGUGUCAGGCUCAAAUUGGAAAUCGCCUUUUGUCAAGAACCGUCGAUGUCAUCAUAUUUGGUCCGCUUUUCAUUGAAUUCGCGUUUCAUUGGUGCACACCUUUCCAUAACAUUCGAAAAACAACGGAAUUUAAUUUGCGAAAAUCCCGUCUAUAA